CCGGAGCCACACGGGGCUGGCUCAGGAGGCAGAGAAGAUGGGCAUCCUUAGCGUAGACCUGCUGAUCACACUGCAAAUUCUGCCAGUUUUCUUCUCCAACUGCCUCUUCCUGGCGCUCUAUGACUCGGUCAUUCUGCUCAAGCACGUGGUGCUGCUCUUGAGUCGCUCCAAGUCCACCCGCGGAGAGUGGCGGCGCAUGCUGACCUCAGAGGGACUACGCUGUGUGUGGAACAGCUUCCUCCUUGACGCCUACAAGCAGGUAAAAUUGGGUGAGGAUGCCCCCAAUUCCAGUGUGGUGUGUGUCACCAGUCCUGAAGGAGGUGACAGUAGCGGGAACGGGGCUCGGGACAAGACUGCUGAUGGAGCGGAAUGCCACCUCCUUGACUUUGCCAGCUCCGAGCGCCCACUGGUGGUCAACUUUGGCUCAGCCACUUGACCUCCUUUCACCAGCCAGCUCCCAGCCUUCAGCAAACUGGUGGAAGAGUUCUCGUCCGUGGCGGACUUCCUGCUGGUCUACAUUGACGAGGCACAUCCUUCAGACGGCUGGGCAGUGCCUGGGGACUCCUCGUUAUCUUUUGAGGUGAAGAAGCAUCGGAACCAGGAAGAGCGAUGCGCAGCAGCCCACCAGCUCCUGGAGCGUUUCUCCUUGCCGCCCCAGUGCCGAGUUGUGGCUGACCGCAUGGACAAUAACGCCAACGUAGCCUACGGGGUAGCCUUUGAACGCGUGUGCAUCGUAGAGAGACAGAAAAUUGCUUAUCUGGGAGGAAAGGGCCCCUUCUGCUAUAAUCUCCAAGAAGUCCGGCGUUGGCUGGAGAAGAAUUUCAACAAGAGAUGAAUCUAGAUUAGCUGGCUAAAGGUAUGAUGAUAAUAGAGCUUAUUAUUUAAUAAGAAAUAUUGUAAAGGAAAUUAAAAGCUGAAUCCACUAUAUCCACUGAGAUCCAUGGCCUCACUUGAAAGACUGGAGUUUACCUGAAGGAAGAACAUAAACUGGUAACAUCUCAAUACUUCGUUCACCAUUCGGAUGACCUUGGGUUACGUGGUAGCUUUGUCACCUCUUAUUGAAAAUUCGUGACCGAGAAGAUCCCAAGCCCAAGAGGGGACAUUCCUGAUUCAGCCUGUGCUUACUGUACCCUGGGGAAGGAGUGAUAUGGCUGACUCAUGGUUUGGGAACUGGGGGGGAAAAAAAAAACAAAAAACCUCAUCUGAAUAAUUGCUACAUUAGGAAAACUGCCAUCUAUGUGAACAUAAAGCUCAGUACCUAGGCUUUAUUUAGCAUGGCUAGAACCCAGCUGGAAAAUUCCCAAAUGCUUCCCGAUAAUUGACCCACGAAGCCAGACCAUGUGGUUAGGAGCUUGGUAUUUCAUGCGUUAAGUAGUUUCUUGUCUUGUGGUUUGUGGCUGUGCCAGUCCCUUUGUCAGACUACCUGACGCAUGAGGGUACUGUGGAUGCCAAGAUGCUUCGGUCGGAAUGGUUAGAAUGAUCAUCCAAAUUCUCACCGUUCCUUUCCAGGCAGAGAGAAAAACGCUAGAAGAAAACCACGCCUACAAGCUAGAAGAGGCAGGAAGGUUAGUGAGCAUGACGGCUGCACCUUGAAGCUAGAGGGAGUGAUGCUAAUUUGUUAGCCAUGAAACAAAUAUGCACAAGUCCAGAUAAAGGAGUUCAGUUCACAGGGGCAGAGAGGAACCACAGAGGAAAACAGGGUAUUUUAACCUACGCUGUAGGAUAGUGUGAGGGGGAAAAGGGAGAUUGAAAAAGAAAACAAAUAUUACAUUUUUGUGUGGAGACAAUCACUUUUUGAAACAUAUAUGUGGUAUUGUAUACUUUCAGUGGGUGAAUUCUACUCUGUGCUAUCUAUUAAAGGAAAAGCUAGUGGGUGCUGUGAGGCUAGUGUGUUCUCUCUCUGACAAUCACAGUGUGGCCCCACUUGCUCUUGGUCUUGGAUAGCCUUGUUAUCGCUGAAUGCUGAGCUGAAGCUCGCAGAAGGCACACCGAAGCUCCAAAAAGAUGGCGAAAAUGGAGCUUAAAAGGCAAGUUUAAUUAGCUGCAAAAAAUGUUGGAAUCU